AUGGCGUCCGCAGACAUGUGGACGUUUCUGCAGGCCAAUCCUGUGGCAGUGUCCAUCACAGAGGCAUGGAAGUCAUUCUCAGACCGACGUGACCGGUUGGGCCUCAGCAAUCCGGGCACGGUCGAGGCUAUUGCGAAGGAGGUGCAGCGCGAUGUGCUGCUCAACAACCACAUGUUCACUGGCAUCAAAGCCGACCUGACGAAGCCGUUUAGCGUGUCUCCUCUGUUCCAGGUGUCCCACCAGUUUGCCAUGGGCGACCGGUUACAACCAUACACGUUUGCAGCCCUCUACGGCACGAACAAGGUGUUCUGCCAAGGACACGUAGACAACGAGGGACAGCUGGCGGCCCGGUUCAACUACCGCUGGACUGACGGGCUCGUCUCCAAGUCGUCGGCUCAGCUGGCUCCCGGCGACGGCCAGAGCAUGGUCCAGAUCGAGCACGAAUACACGGGCCGUGACUUCACGGCGUCGCUCAAGACGAUGAAUCCGUCGUACCUCGACGGCGGCCUGACCGGCAUCUUCAUCGGCAACUACCUGCAGUCGGUCACUCCCAAGCUGUCCAUCGGCUUGGAGGGGGUCUGGCAGCGCGGCGCGCUGUCGCAGCCGCCCGAUGCCUUGCUCUCGUACUGCGGCCGGUAUGCGUCGGGUGACUGGGUGGCCACGGCACAGCUGCAGACACAGGGUGCCAUCAAUGCGACGUUUUGGCGCCGCCUGGCCGAAAACGUGCAGGCCGGUGUCGAUAUGACCCUGCAGGUGGUGCCUAACGCGGCCGCCGGCCUGAUGGGUGGCGGCCUGCAGAAAGAGGGCGUCACGACCUUUGGCGCCAAGUACGAUUUCCGCAUGUCGACCUUCCGCGCACAGCUGGACUCCAAGGGCAAGUUAGGCGUCCUGCUGGAGAAGCGGGUGGCCGCCCCCGUAAUGAUGACUUUCGCGGCAGAUGUGGACCACGCUUCGCAACAAGCCAAGCUUGGCCUAGGCAUCUCGAUCGAGACUGGUGGUGAAGAGAUGGAGCUCAACCCCGACGGCAGCCCCGUUCACGCACCACCAAACAACGUCCCGUUCUAA